AUGCACGAGUUCCUGAUCGCGGCGCGCCUGCGCGAUGGCGCCCCGGUCUACGUGACCCCUGGCGCGUGCUCCCGGUGCGGCGCGGACCGGGGCAUCGACGGGGCACGCGCCGCGUGUUGUGCCCCAGGGGAGUCCACGCGCGGCCACAACAGAGUGCGGGACGAACUCCUGGCACUGGCCUCCCUGUCCGACGGGGCCGCUCGGUCGGAGGCGCCGGGCCUCAUCGAGGCCGCGCCGCUUCUCCGCCCGGCCGACGUGCUCACCACGGCUGCCUUUGGCCGGCUGACGGCGCUCGACGUGGGCAUCGUGGCGCCGCACGCGGCCGGGGCCGGCGAGGAUGCUGCCGCCGCCUACGUGGUCAGCAAGGUCGGCAAGUACGCGCCGCACCUGCCGGCGCUGGCGGCCGACGGGAUCGCCUACCGGCCGCUCGUCUGGACAACGUGGGGCCGCCCGCGCGAGGAUGCGUCGGCCGCGGUCGCGUCCAUGGCGGCCGCAGCGGGGAGGCGCCUGGGCGCGCCCUCGCACGCGCUCGCGGCGCGGGCCCGCACCGCCAUCGGCGCCGCGAUCUGGCGCCGAGCAGCGCGCAUGGUCGGCGCGUGCGGCCCGCGGCUCGCCCGAGGGGAUGUCGGUGCCCUCCUGCCGGGGGCCGGGGCCGCUGGUGCAGGAGGCAAGGCGCUGGCGGGAGCGCUGGCCGGCGUGGCGGGCGAAGCGGACGCUGUCGCCGGCCCGGUCGGCACUGGCGGGCCCGCGGGGCCGGCGGGCCAGGUCGGCGCAGCCUUCCUGGGGGUCGGCGCAGCCGCGGGCGUCGCCGAGCUCGCGGCCGCGUUCGAGUCCAUCGCGGGCGCGGUCGGCCCCGGGGGAGCCGGCGCGCCUGGCCCUGGCGACGCCGGAGGCGCUGCGGCGGAAGCUGCCGGCGCUGCGGGCUGCAGCGCCGCCGCGGGGGCCGCCGGCGAGCCUGCGGGCGGGGGUGCCCGGGGCCCGGCCUGGUUUGCCGGCCUCCGACUGGCGCGCGGGCGCGGCCCCCCGGCAUAG